AUGAUCAUGCUGAAAGAAUAACUCCAAAAGAUGCCAUGUUACAUCAAUAUUUUGCAGAAUUAAAAAAAAAUUGAAAGAUAUAAUAGAUAUAUUAAAUAUAUAUUAUUAAAAUCAUUGGUUUCUUUUAUUUUUAUUCCCACUUUUCACAUAUUCUUUAAAUUGCCUUAUGAUUAAUUUUAAUAUUUACGCUUAAACUUGCCUUUCUAAUAGUUCUUAAUAUUAGAAACAAGGACCUUCUUCAUCCUCACCUAUAAGCAUAGCAAUAGUAUCAUUAUUCUCCAAAGGUUGAAAACCAAAAUUCUAUGCUUAAAUCAUAUCCUAUUUCUUUUCUGUUGUCUCUUAUNAAGAUCAGAAGAGCCUUAUGAAGCAAUUUGUAAAAUUGGCAGAGGCAAAUAUUCUGAAGUCUUUGAAGGAGUAGAUAAUAGGAAUGGAAUGAAGGUAGUUCUUAAAGUGCUUAAACCUGUUAAAAAAAGAAAAAUACGUAGAGAAAUUCGCAUUCUUUAAGUCUUAAAAGGAGGCACUAAUAUUAUUGAUCUUUAUGAUGUGGUCAGAGAUCCAAAUCUAAAAAUUCCAACUCUCGUAAAUAAUCAAUUUAAUAUAGGUAUUCCCUUAUAUGGAGAAUACAGAUUUCAGGAGCAUGUUCCCUAAAUUAACUGAUAAUGAUAUUAAGCAUUAUUUGUUUGAAUUAUUAAAAGUAAACUAAAACUUAAAAUAGGCUUUAGAUUAUGCUCAUUAAAGAGGUAUAUUUCAUAGAGAUGUGAAACCAUAAAAUAUUAUUGUUGAUCCAAAAACUAGAACCUUGAAACUUAUUGACUGGGGAUUGGCAGAAUUUUAUCAUCCCUCUCAAGAUUAUAAUGUUAGAGUGGCUUCAAGAUAUUUUAAAGGCCCAGAAUUAUUGGUGGAUUAUUUAUUUUAUGAUUAUUCUUUAGAUAUAUGGAGUACUGGUGCAAUGUUUGCAUCUAUGGUAUAUUGAUAUAUUGAAUUUAGAUUUUUAAAAAAGAACCAUUCUUCCAAGGCAAUGAUAAUUAUGAUCAAUUAGUAAAGAUUGCUAAGGUAUUAGGAACAGAUGGAUUAAAAUAAUAUAUAAAAAAAUACAAUAUUAAAUUGGAUAAUGCAUACAAUGGACUUUUACUUAAGUAUAAAAUUAAUAAUAUAUAUUUGUUAUCCAAAAUAAGAUUGGUUAUCCUUUGUUAAUUAAGAUAAUGCUCAUUUAUGUAGUUUAGAUGCCAUUGAUUUGUUAUCUAAAAUGUUAUUAUAUGAUCAUGCUGAAAGAAUUACUCCAAAAGAUGCCAUGUUACAUCAAUAUUUUGCAGAAUUAAAAAAAAAUUGAA